ACUUCCCAAGGAAACACAGUACUAUACCACUGAGGAGGGUCUUCUUCUCCAUUCUUCAUUCUCGGAUCUGGAUCGGAAGAAGAAGAAAUGUUUGGUCGAUCUGCGAUUCCAAGAACCGGAGGGUUCCGUCCUGAGAACUUAGGGCAAAACGCACUAAACUUAAUCGGGAACAUAGGCUUCUCACUCUUCGUCUUCGGAGUACUAAUCUUCACCAUCAUCGCCGCAACUUACGAACCAGAAGAUCCUCUCUUCCACCCAUCUGACAAAAUCACAACUUUCCUCACUUCCACAUCAAACGCUACAUUGAGAUCCGAUGACUCUGUUGUUAGAACCGGCGAAGAUUUCAUGGUGGCGAAUCAAACCGCGUUUGCAGCUUUCAUCAACAUAACUGAUGUUGAAGCCACUAGUGAUACCAUUGAGAAAAAUGAGGAAGAGGCUAAUCAGUUGGAAUGUGAUGUGAAUGCUCCCAUUGAUUGUAAAGAUCAAGAAGUGUUUCAUCUUAUGAUGAAAGCUACCAUUGAGAAGUUUAAAGAUAUUCACUUUUAUAAGUUUGGUAAGCCUGCGGUUGGGGAAGGUGUGAAUUCUUGUGACAUGGCGUGGAGGUAUAGGCCUAGAGAUGGAAAGAGUGCUGCUUUCUAUAAGGAUUAUAGGAGGUUUGUGAUUGGAAAGUCUGAGAAUUGUAGUUUGAGUGUGGUUGGGAUUGGGGAGUAUCAUUCGGGUUUGAAUGCGAGGAAGCGGAAGAAGAAUCAGAAAGCUGGGUUUGAGAAGACUGGUGGGAAGAAAGAUGAUUUCUCUUUGCCUGUGGUUGGUGAGGUAGUGAAUGAUUCUCUUCCUAUGGUUGAGUCUGAUAAUGCGUUUAAAAGCGGGAAGUACUUGGUUUACGUAGGUGGAGGAGAUAGGUGUAAGAGUAUGAAUCAUUUUCUGUGGAGUUUCUUGUGUGCACUUGGGGAAGCUCAGUAUUUGAACCGGACUUUGGUGAUGGAUUUGACAUUGUGUCUGUCUUCUAUCUACACGUCGUCUGGCCAGAACGAGGAAGGGAAGGACUUCCGGUUUUACUUUGAUUUCGAGCAUUUGAAAGAAGCGGCUUCUGUGUUGGAUGAAGUUCAGUUUUGGGCGGAGUGGAAGAAAUUGCAUAAGAAGAAGAAUAGAUUGAACCUUCAUCUCGUGGAGGAUUUUAGGGUCACGCCGAUGAGGCUUGCUGAUGUAAAAGAUACAUUGAUAAUGAGGAAGUUUGGAUCAGUAGAACCUGACAAUUACUGGUACAGAGUUUGUGAAGGAGAUGCAGAAUCUGCUGUUAAAAGACCUUGGCAUCUGUUAUGGAAAUCAAGAAGGUUGAUGGAAAUUGUCUCUGCGAUUGCAUCGAGGUUAAACUGGGACUACGAUGCAGUACACAUCGAGAGAGGAGAGAAAGCAAGAAACAAGGAGCUUUGGCCUAAUCUAGAAGCAGAUACUUCCCCAAGCGCUCUCUUGUCGACCUUGCAGGACAAAGUAGAAGAAGGAAGGAAUCUCUACAUUGCAACAAAUGAAGAAGGAUUAUCCUUGUUCAACCCUUUGAAAGACAGGUACGCCACUCAUUUUCUUUAUGACUAUAAAGAUCUGUGGGACGAGAGCAGCGAGUGGUAUUCAGAGACUACAAAGCUUAAUGGAGGUAACCCGGUGGAGUUUGAUGGUUACAUGAGAGCAUCUGUUGACACAGAAGUAUUCUUGAGAGGCAAGAAGCAGAUUGAAACAUUCAACGAUCUUACAAACGACUGCAAAGAUGGAGUUGGGACCUGCAAUGCUGCAACUUCCUGAUCUCUCUUUCAAAUUCCUCAUUUGUUUUUGUUGUAUGAAUCAUCAUCUUGUUUCCAGUUUUGUCUUGUAGAAUAUAGUUUUGUACUUUCUAUUACUGUUGUUUCGUCUCUCGUGACUUUUAGACUAAUAUUUGCCCUUUUGGCCCUUCUAGUUUGGUUCUAUUAUUAUAAAUCCAAUCCGUUUCCAA